UGUGCAAUAUGGGAAUCUCAGCGGCCCCAUUAGGAAAUACGCCACAAGAACUGGAGUACCAAAUCAUGCUACGAGAAAAAAUGAUCUUACAGAAGCCAAAUUGGAACCCCUUUUACUUUUGAAGUAAAAUAAAGUUGGCUCUCAUCACUGCAUUGACUUCAAACCUUUAGCUCCCCAAUACGACAGUCGACUGCAGCAACGCCGUUAUCCAAUCCCUACACCCCGCCGCUUUGUCCUCUGAAUCGCCACCAAUUUCCCCUCUCCCUCAGCGCCCCCCAUAGAAAGAAAAAAUACACUCUCAAAUUUCUUUCUCUAUGGGUGAGCAAACCCAAACUCAAACACAAAAAACCGAAACCGAAACUCCAUCCCUAUCUCAACCCGCUUCUGAUUCCACCGUUGAUAUUCCCCCAAAUCCCUCUAACCCUUCAAAAAUUCCGAUUCGCCCCCAAAAAAUCCGUAAACUCUCUUCCACUAAUGACCAAAAAGCCCUUCAACCUUCUGAUUCCUCGCAAUCUGUAGUUACAAUCACCAAGAAUCGUCGAAGGGGUUCUUCACAAUCAACAAAAUCUUUGCCCCAAAUUGUCAAACCAUUAUCUGCUAAUGGCGAAAUUGAGAAUGCUCUUCGCCAUUUGCGAUUAGCUGACCCACUUCUUUGUUCUUUAAUAGAUACUCUUCCUUUUCCAGCUUUUGAGUCACACCAACUUCCAUUUCUAGCACUCUGUAAGAGCAUUCUCUACCAACAAUUAGCUUAUAAAGCAGGAACUUCAAUUUACACGCGUUUUCUUUCUCUUUGUGGUGGUGAAGAUGCUGUUUGCCCUCAUGUUGUGCUUUCUUUAUCUGCUCAACAGCUUAAGCAGAUUGGUAUAUCAGGGAGAAAAGCAAGUUACCUGUAUGACCUUGCAAAUAAGUAUAAAAGUGGGAUUUUGUCUGAUGAAACUGUUGUAAAGAUGGAUGAUAGGUCAUUGUUUACAAUGCUUUCAAUGGUGAAAGGGAUUGGUUCUUGGUCAGUACAUAUGUUUAUGAUAUUUUCCCUUCAUAGACCUGAUGUGUUGCCUGUUAGUGACUUGGGGGUUAGGAAAGGAGUAAAAAUGCUGCAUGGGUUGGAGGAAUUACCAAGGCCGUCGCAAAUGGAGCAAUUGUGUGAGAAAUGGAAGCCAUACCGGUCCGUUGGGGCGUGGUAUAUGUGGCGGUUUAUUGAGGGAAAGGGGACACCAACUACUGCAGCAGUAGUGAUGGAGGGUGGUCGUAUACAGCCCUUGCAGCAAAUUCAGCCUCAACAGGAGGCACAACAACAGCAUCAAUUGCAACUUCUCGAGCCUAUUAAUGGCAUGGGCAGCCUCGGGGCUUGCAUCUGGGGCCAAUGACUGAGGUGCUGAUGCUGGAAACCAUGGGAAAAGAGAAGAGGUUUCUGAAGUUUGUUGGUGCCAAUAGUUUCUUAUGUUAGUAUUGAGCUUUUAUGAUAGGGAUUCUGAAUGUUGUAAUAACGAAGCAAUUAUGCUUCAGUUAUUCAGGUUCGUCAGUAGAGUUAUUACAAAAAAGUAAGGUACUGAAGAGGCCUUGUAAAUAGCAGACCCUCAUGAUUUUUGUAGGGAACUGCAUUAUCACGGUAAAAAGGGUAAAAUAAUGAUUAAUAUUAUUAUUUUUUUCA